GUCCUCCUGAUUUUUAACACCAGGCUAACAAGCUAAAACACCGUAGCUGCCGAUAAAGUUAGCAGAGUUGUUCCCAAGUGUUAUUUUAAGUAACUUUAACAGCUGAAAAGUCAUUUUGUUGGUUACUUUUCGUCAUGGAGACCUCCGAAAAGUUCCGCUCUCCCUAUAACUUGUUUUGGUCCGUUUUCGUGGCAUAGCUGGAAAGCUAAAUCUGUCUGGUAAUAUUUGUUCGUUAGCUUAGCAUUGGUCUCCCCAACACAAAAAAGCCCAGCCUCCUCUGUGCCUUGUUGGACGGCAGAAGUUUGAAACUUCACUCCCUGGUUUUGUUGAUUGAAGACCCUCACAAUGUCCAUUUUAGGAUUAAAAAAGAAACAACCCAAGACUUUCAAAGUCAAAGUUAUCACCAUGGAUGCUGAGAUGGAGUUCAGCUGUGAGGUGAAGUGGAAGGGUAAAGACCUGUUUGACUUGGUGUGUCGCACAGUUGGUUUGAGGGAGACCUGGUUCUUUGGACUCAGGUACACAAUAAAGGACACCUACGCCUGGCUGAAACAAGAGAAACGGGUCUUGGAUCAGGAGGUCCCCAAGGACUCGCCCAUAACAUUUCAUUUCCUGGCAAAAUUCUUCCCAGAGAAAGUAGAAGAAGAGUUAGUCCAAGAAAUCACUCAGCAUCUCUUCUUCUUACAGGUGAAAAAGCAGAUCUUAGAUGAAGAGAUUUUCUGUUCCCCUGAAGCUUCUGUUCUGCUGGCGUCAUAUGCUGUUCAAGCCAAGUAUGGUGACUAUGACCCAAACUUUCACAAGCCAGGCUUUCUGGCACAAGAUGAACUUCUGCCAAAACGAGUUCUGAUGCAGUACCAAAUGACAGCUGACAUGUGGGAGGAGAAGAUCACAGCUUGGUACGCAGAGCACAGAGGCAUCGCCAGGGAUGAAGCUGAGAUGGAAUACCUAAAGAUUGCUCAGGACCUUGAGAUGUAUGGUGUCAGCUACUUUGCCAUCACUCAAAACAAGAGGGACACAGACCUGUUACUUGGAGUGGAUGCUCAGGGUCUUCACAUCUACAGCCCUAACAGCAAACUGAACCCUAACAAGUCGUUUCCUUGGAGCGGCAUCCGCAACAUCUCUUACAGCGAAAAGGAGUUUACAAUCAAACCACUUGACAAGAAGAAAGAUGUUUUCAAGUUCUACUCAUCUCAACUGCGCGUCAACAAGCUGAUCCUGCAGUUGUGCAUCGGUAACCAUGAUCUGUUCAUGAGGAGGAGGAAGGUGGACUCCAUUGAAGUGCAGCAGAUGAAGGCUCAAGCAAAAGAAGAGAAGGCCCGCAAGAAGAUGGAGCGUCAAAUCCUGGCAAGAGAAAAACAGAUGAGGGAGGAAGCCGAACGAGCAAAAGAAGAGAUGGAACGAAGACUCUUCCAGCUGCAGGAUGAGGCACGACUGGCCAAUGAGGCACUGCUGCGUUCUGAGGAGACGGCAGACCUGCUGGCAGAGAAGGCCCAGAUUGCAGAAGAGGAGGCCAAGCUGCUGGCCCACAAGGCCGCAGAGGCUGAGCAGGACAGGCAGAGGUUAGAGGUCACCGCCAUGAAAACGAAGGAGGAGAAAAGGCUGAUGGAGCAGAAGAUGAGGGAGGCAGAGCAGCUGGCCGUCAAACUGGUGGAGCAGUCUGAGAGGAGGUUGAAGGAGGCAGAUCACCUGAAACAGGACCUGACUGAGGCAAAGGAUGCUGAGCGGAGAGCCAAACAGAAGCUGCUGGAGAUCACUAAAACAACUUACCCUCUCAUAGCUGCCUACUCCACUCCGCCUGCUCCUCCUGAAGCAGCUGACUUUGCUUUUGAAUCGUCAUCUACGCGCCUCGACUUCAAGGACUCUGACAUGAAAAGACUUUCUAUGGAGAUUGAGAGAGAGAGGCUGGAGUACAUGGAGAAGAGUAAACACCUGCAGGAUCAGCUGAAGGAGCUGAAGACAGAGAUUGAGUCGCUGAAGCUUGAGGAGCAGCAGCAACAGGCCGGCGUCUACAGCCUCCACAAUGAGGCGAGGGGAUAUGGCCAGGAGCCAGUCUACAUACCUCACAGCAACCGAAACUCUGCGUACAUGUCUCAGAUGGCCUACUUUGAAGAAGUGUGAUCCUGCUGCAACAAGAGGAAGACGAAAAGCAUCGGCUGUUGCGACUUUAUGAGACAUCUCUAAAUGUUUAGUUGAUAUUUUACCUGGAUGAACCUACAAGACAGACACAUACACCACAACUGUGUGCUUUGGAAAGACUUUUCUAUGUAUCCUCAACAACAAACAGCCGCAAGCCUGGCCGCCUGCUCAGGCUCAUGCUAAGUUGUACCAUCUGUUACACUACAGCACCUUCCACAUUUCUUUUCUAUAUAAUGAACACAUUACGUAAUGUGUGCCAUGUAUCUAACACUGAUUCAGGAUGUGGUGCUGAGGAUGGAUGUAUGAAUUCACUGGUAUAUUCUGCAGUUACAACGGUAUGACUAGUAUUUAAAAUAGUUUUUAUAAUCAGACGAUCUGCUUAAUGAGGUAGUUUAAGACAUCGUCCUAUGCCAAUUCAUUAGACAUCAUCCAACCCUAGUAUGAAUGAGUUUUAAAUUGUUUUAUGUGGUUUUAAGGGAUAUAAUGGUCAGAUAUAGAAUAAUGCCUCAGUGACAUGUUAUAGAUUUAUGCAUUAACAUCAUUUUGGGACAGCAUUUAAGUUUUAAUAUGUCAUGAACCGUCUUAAGGCAAAGCUCUAGCAUCAGGUGUAAUUAGUUCAAUUGUCUUUUUCAGGUGGGGGACAAUUGUAAAAAGUUAAAAUAUCCAGAAGAUUUUGUAAAUAUGAAAAAAAAAUUGGUCUGUUUUUUUCAAACCAGCAAAGUGUUUCUCAAAUUUGGCUUUUGACAGUAGCACUUCAGAAACCCAAGUGCCCAAUUUUUUUUUAUUAUACAGUAACCAAGCUAUUGUUGUUACUUCAGACACAAAAAUAGACUGAAGACAACUCUUCAUCAAAGACAUGUAAUGUGAAAACUAACAUUGCGCUAAUUUAGUAAUUUAAGUAAGUCAUUUUAGUAAAAGUCCAACUUUAACAUGCAGACAUGUGCAGGGUGCCUAGAUGUGACACUCCAUAAAUAUGUUUUUUUUUUCUUUUUUCUUUUUGGCGUUUCAUUUCUAUUUGCUUGCUGUUUUUGUUACUAUGUUCAAGAGCUGCCUUAUUGUUUCUAAUGCCUCCUCAUGGUAAUUAAUAGAAAUGCAGUAUAUAGUUUCAAGCUUGAACUCUGCCAUUUCAAGUUUUUGUAUGUUGUACUUUACUCUGAUGUGCCUUGAGGUUUAUUUUUUACCAUUUUGAUUUGAGUUGCAAUGGUUUUACUUGGUGUUAUUGUGCUCAUUUGUCUUAGCAUUAGGGUUCCUCUAAGUUUGGGAUUCAUUUCACGUCCUGACUUACUUACAGAAUAACAGACUGACGACUUUCCUGAUUUCUCUUUGCUAAUGUAUUUCUCAGGGUUAGUGUUGGAGACAAUCACUGCAGGUAGAAUCUAGUUGUUUUUAUCCCCUGAGAUAUACAGUAUGAUAUCCAUUAAUGUUAACUUUUUUUUGAACAGGCUAUUUUCAUUCAGCAUAAGUCCAAUAGUAAGUUUAUUAAGUCUAUUGCCGGCAGUGGGUGCAUUGCAUUUCACAAAUCUAGAGGUGUGGGUAACUUGAGUGAACUUUUAUUCUGCUGCUCUCCUCAUGACUUUUUUCAGAAAGGGAGAGACUGGAUGCAAAAUGUUUAUUUGUAGCACCAUGUUAGACUGACUUCAUUAUAGACUGAACAUGAUUGGUUUAUUACUACCCUCAUGACUGGUUGUAAACGAGCAAGGCUAACCCUGGUCUUGUGUAAAUGGUUAUUGUGUUAACGCAGGUGGAAAUGUUUCAGUUUGCAUCUUUAUCCUUAUUUAUUUGUGCCUUAAAAACACUAUCACCACACAUUUUCAUGAAGUGUGUCAUUGUGGGGAACUUUUGUAUUUUAAUGUAUGUUUUAUUGUACUAUCUUGGGAUUUUCCUGCCAAAUUUAAGUCCAGUGUUAAAAACAACAUAACUUUACAUCUAAGAAAAUGUACCCUAGAGGGACACAGUGACAAAAAUGUUAUGGUUUCACAUGCACAGCUAUGUUUUGUCAGUGAUUUGUAACCUUGAGCAUUUUGUGUAUAUCAUUUCAUUACAACAGUG